AGGCGAAAACAAACCGGGUAUUACAAAAAUACCACUCCCUCCCUCUAACAUAAAACAUUAGAACUUAAAACCCUAAACCCCAAAAUCUCUAAACUUUUCUUCGUUUCGUUAGGUUUUUUUUUUCGUCGAAUUUCUGUCUCUAAACUGAGGAUUUUUGAAAACUGAAUAUCAAGAUAUCCGCUAUCGUUCUUUUUGACCUGAGUUAGUAAAUCAAAGAAGAGAGAUGCAGCACGACGAGGUGAUAUGGCAAGUCAUUAGGCACAAACAUUGCAGUUUCAUGUCCAAAAUCUCUACUGGGAUUUUCUGUAGGAACCCUUAUAACGUUACUGGGAUCUGCAAUCGUAGUUCCUGCCCUCUUGCUAAUAGUCGCUACGCCACUAUCCGCGACCACGAUGGGGUCUUUUAUUUAUAUAUGAAAACUAUAGAAAGAGCUCAUAAGCCCAAUGAUUUAUGGGAAAGAGUAAAAUUACCCAAAAAUUAUGAGAAGACACUUGAAGUUAUUGACAAGCAUCUGAUGUAUUGGCCGAAGCUCCUUGUGCACAAAAUAAAGCAGCGUCUGACAAAAAUGACCCAAAUGCGUAUCCGCAUGAGGAAACUUGCCUUGAAAACAAGGGAGAAGAUAAUGACUACACCCAGAAAGGAGAAGAAGAGAGAGACUAGAAGGGAGGAAAAGGCAGAAAAAGCUGCAGUUCUGGAUAAGGCAAUUGAGAAAGAGUUGCUUGCUAGGCUUGAAAAUGGAAUUUAUGAUGGCAUAUACAACCUUCCCUUCAAUAAAUUCAUCGAAACUCUUGACACAGAUGAACUGAAGGCUGAGGAUGAAAAUGAAGAGGAAUCUGAAGUUGAAUAUGUCGAGGCCAACUUUGAACUUGAAGAGGAAGAUGAUAUAGAAGAUUUGGGUAUGAAGGAUUAUCACAUCAGUAAUGAUAAUGCAGUUGACGAUGAUGAUGAUGAAGAAGUAAAUGCAGUUAAAGAAAAGCGAGUGAGAAGAUGGUCUAAGUCUGCCCAUGAAAAGUCUGAGAAAGAUGAACCUGGUACAAAGUUGAAAAAGAAAUCUAGGAUUCAUGUUGAGGUUGAUCAUGAAGAUGGUGGUGAAAGGCAGAAAGCAACCUUUUGAAUCUCAGUGGCUUUGAUUCAUCAAUCAACAAAUGCCAUAGAAGUCUACUUAUAUGGUAGUUCGAAGUUGUGUGAUGUCAUCCCACUUGUGUGCGAAUGAAUGAAACUCGAAGAGGCUUAGCAUAACAUAAAACCCCCAGAACCCUACUUAACCAUCUGCCCAGCACCUUUUCUCCCUUGUUUAAAAAAAAGGGGGAAAUAAAAGGAAGGAGAGAGGAAAAAAAAAAGAAAAGAGGGAAGAGAUUUUUGUUUUUGUAAUUUUAAUCGCUUUUUAACUAUGCUUGCAAGCAAAGGUUUCUGAAAGAUGUCUCAAGGUGUAGGCUAAAUAAAUACAAACUGAAACUAAGAAGAUUGGUAAUUGCCAAUGCACGCUUUUCUUUUCUUUUUCUUUUUUUUUUUUUUGAAUUAUAUAGUUAAUUUUACUCA